GGUGCUUGAACAUCAUGGACGUUGCACAAUUGAUCGUGGUUUUAGUGUUGGUGUUGUGUUCAACAUCAGGAGUCUCCUCUGUCUCAGCAAAUAUCGGAAAUACCACGUUCUCUGGAUUUGCAUUCGAGAUGCUAAUUACGAAAUUAGAUUAUCAACAGGACCAGCUGAUCGAAGUUGAAACAGCCAUAAAGAAGGAUCAAGAAAUCAUUGACCAGAAGCUUUCUGGGAUUAUUGAGAUCAUCAAACAGCUGGGUCAGGCAAUUAGCCAAAACCUUACUGCGCUGCAAACUGAAACGAAUAAAGCCAAUGAAAAUCAAGACCAGCUACGGAGGGAACUACAAAAGCUGACGACAAAACAAGAUUUAGAUUUGUUUAUGAUCAAUUCUGGCUUAAAUCUUCGUACUGUCUCGUUUCCAUCGUGCAAGAAGAAUCCAUCGAAGCGAUCGGGCAAGUACAUCAUACAGCCUACCGAGGAUGAUGAACCAUUUGUGGGAUACUGCGAACAAACUGCAUUUGGAGGAGGUUGGUUAGUGUUCCAGUAUCGUUACGACGGAUCGAUGAACUUUUACCGCAACUGGACCGAGUAUCGGAAUGGGUUCGGCAGCAUCGAUGGAGAGUUCUGGCUCGGAUUGGAUCGGCUACACCUUUUGACGAUGACCCGAAAGCACGAGCUACUGGUGGAGUUGAAAGACUUCAAUGGAAACUACAAGUACGCACGGUAUAGUGAGUUUAUGAUCGGGAGUGAGAAGGAGCAAUAUGCGUUAGCAAAGCUGGGAUUUUACACGGGAACGGCAGAUGAUGCUUUGAAAAAUAACAAGGAAGAAAAGUUCACGACAAUGAAUCGCGACAAUGAUGCAAAGUUUACAGAAAACUGUGCUUCCGCACACCAGGGCGCAUGGUGGUACUACAGAUGUUCUGAUUCAAAUCUUAAUGGAAUGUAUGUAAAUAGAGAUAUCAAAACAUCAAUGCAUUGGUCCAGAACACACUACAUAGGUAUGGCAUACUCUAGAAUGUUGAUUCGUGAAACUUAACACGCACCGCUUUGUUGUUUGUAUCAAUAAAAUAGAUUAAUAAAGCAUAAAUACUGAUGAUUGUGAGGUCAGAGAUGCUGAACCGAUUGA